GACCCGGAAGUGGAGUUGCCGAGUCACCGCAGUGGCUGAGCUGCUGACAGGAGGCGGCGGCGGCGGCGGAGGAGGCGAGGCAAGACCUGCGGCUCUGCCUCCACAGCCGCUGUAGAGCUAGGCAAGCCGACGGAGCCACGCCGGCCUCCACCCGCCAGCGAACCUCCUGCCCUGCUCGCAUCCCUCCAUCUGUCCUGCUGCUUCAACACCUGACUUGUCCAGGGCGGCCUGGUCUGCACCACCCACCCGGCUCCUGGGGCCUUCGCCCCGCUCCGUCCAGCCGGCGUCCCUGGCCGCGCCCGGCCCCCAGCCGCUCGCCCGCCGGCACCAUGAUGGAAGAGAUCGACCGGUUCCAGGUGCCCACCGCGCACUCGGAGAUGCAGCCGCUGGACCCAGCCGCCGCCUCCAUCUCAGACGGAGACUGUGACGCCCGGGAGGGUGAGUCAGUAGCCAUGAAUUACAAACCAUCCCCGCUCCAAGUGAAGCUGGAGAAGCAGCGGGAGCUGGCCCGGAAGGGCUCCCUGAAGAAUGGCAGCAUGGGUAGCCCUGUCAACCAGCAACCCAAGAAGAACAAUGUAAUGGCCAGGACAAGGCUGGUCGUCCCCAAUAAAGGCUACUCCUCGCUUGACCAGAGCCCCGACGAGAAGCCACUGGUAGCCCUUGACACAGACAGUGAUGAUGACUUUGACAUGUCCAGAUAUUCCUCCUCUGGCUAUUCCUCUGCUGAGCAGAUCAACCAAGAUUUGAACAUCCAGCUGCUGAAGGAUGGCUACCGGUUAGACGAGAUCCCCGAUGACGAGGACCUGGAUCUUAUCCCCCCCAAGUCUGUGAACCCCACCUGCAUGUGCUGCCAGGCUACGUCCUCUACCGCCUGCCACAUUCAGUAGCAGGUGGGGCCACCGUGGCCGCUUGGGGCAGGGCCGCUGUGGGCCAGGUUGGACAGGGCAGGGGCCUGACCCCUCCCCAGCUUGUCCUCCUGUCCCUGGCCCCCAUGCCCCCUACAGCCGCCAACCUCGUAACAGUCAUUGCUUCCUCCUAUGGUAGGACGUGUACCUCUGUGUGUUCAUGGAGCCGGAGAAACCAAAAUGGGGUCUCUCUCCACCCCUGGGGCUGAUGAGGUGUGGGAGCUGUUUGUUCAGUUAUUUGGGGAACCUUGCCUAGCACCCUGCCUCUCUCCCCAAAGUUGUGGUCCUAAGGGGGAGAGAGGACACUGGACAGCAGGGAGGCCAACAGUAACGAGUGGGGGGUGGGUCACAAAGCCAGGGGCCUGGCCCCACUGCAGUGAAGCCAUGAACCCCCUCAGCCCCAGCCUGACAAGGCAAGAAGCUCAGAAGGAGAAAAGCCCAGGGCAGUGUGGGCAGUGCUCAGCACUGGGGAGCUCCCUCCAUGCACUCCCUGCUGGCCCAUGUACCCAUUUGUGUUUUUUCCCUGAUCUUCAGGUGGGAAGCCUGGCAAAGCUACCCUGUGGGAUAUUGCCCCCCCCCAUCAGAUCACUACCUUCUUCCUCUCUUUGCCCCUUUCACCCUUUUCUUGCUCUUGGUUGUGGGGGAGGGUAAGGUAGGCCAUAGAGACAGGCCAGAGUUUGGGGGGUAUGAUCUGUCCUCACCCACCCCUAACCAGUGCAUCUCUCUCUCUGCCAACACCCCGUGCUUUUGUUUAUUGGUCUCUGUCCCAGGCUAGAAGCAGGAGGUAAGGCUGGCCUCUGGUGCCCCUUUCCCAUCUCACUCCAGCCCAAGAUCCUGGAUGCUUCAUCCCAGUAAGAAUCUUCAAGGAAGCAAGCUUAGAAGAAUAUAGUGGCUGCAUGUGUGUGGUAGGGAGAAUGUGUGUGGGGGUGAGGAUGUCAGAGUGUGUGUCUGUGGCUGUGUAUUGGGCCUGUCUCUUCAGAUGCCUGUUUUUGUUAUAGAUGUGAGUGCCCUUUUGGGGAAGUGACUGUGUGUUGGGGAAGUGACUCAGCAGUGCAGUGGACUGAGAUCCCAGGACUGGGAGUCAGAAGCCUGGGUCUAGUCCAAGCUCUGGUACUCUCCCUGUGAUCUUCAACAGUCACUUGCAUUCUUCCAGCUUUAGCUUCCUCAACUGUAAAAUUAGCAGCAUCUGAAGUUAUUUUUAAAGUCCUUUCAAACCUGAAGGAAUUGCUUCAUAGGAAUUUCUGUGCAGGGGUACAGUCAGGUCUCUGUGUGUCUUUGAGUAUACCUCGGGGGCUUCCUGAGUUAUGUGCAGAAUGGAGGCGGGGAAGUUCCUAUGGGACAUGUGAGCGUCUGAGUAUAUGUGGAUCAAUUUGGGAAUUCAUGUGUGUGUUUGUGAAUGUGUAUGUGGGGGGUUGUCUGUUAUGGGUGUAGCUAUAUAGGUUGUCUGUGAGUCAGAUGUGUAUACUGCAUCUGCUGCUGUUACUGGGGUGGGGGCAGUGGGGGUGCGUAUGUGCCAGAAGAGCUGAGGAUGAAAAUCAAGAAGGGGAGAUGACAAAUCCCCCAGGGCUUGGGCACUGUAGACCUGGCCCCAUGUGAAGAAAACUGAAAGCACAGAUAGCCCAAGAGAGACCCCAUGUCCCAGGGCCAGGGUGCAUAGUCCCCAUUGCUUCAAGCUGACACCCCACAUGCCGGUGUAUCCACUCUCGUGUAUGCCAUUCACAUGCUGCAAGCAUGCCAAGGGCACACCCACAGCCCACUCCCUGGAUGCCAUUCCUGGGAGGUGGGAUCUGGAAGGGGGAGAAGAUAGUAAGAAGAGGGAGUAAGGCUGUGGCUUAUAAAGGGUAGCACCUCUCCCUGCACCACACCCAGGGGCUGCCAGCUCCAAAGUGAUGAGGUGCAGGUCUCCCCCUCAACUCCUCCAACCCACCCCUACCUCCUGUGGUGCAGGGACCCUGGUUAGAGGAUGAGAAAAUGCCAAAGGGAGGCAAGGACAGAGAAGGUAUCUGCAGGGCCCAGAAGGCCCAUACUGGCCACCAUCUGAGCCUAUCUCCCACUCUGGUCAGCAUCCCUACCUCCUGUCAUCUGGGCCCCAGAGCCAAGCCUCCUCCUCCCACCACCAACCUGGGCUCCUUGACUCACCCUUCUAGAACAUGGGUACCUCCUCUUCUUUGGGCAGGGCCCCCACCAAGGCUCAUUUAGACUGCUGCUUUUGCUGCUGUGUGACUCUGGCCCAUUGUUCAACCUCUCUGUCCCUAAGGAACCAGGGAAAAGCUCCCUCCCUCCACAGGACACCUAGUUCCCUGGCAGGCAAGGCUUUCAACCAAGGCAGUGGAGUGGUAGAUAAAGGUAGGAAGCUGGCAACCAGCACCUUCUGGAUCUAGGGAGACUGCAUCAUUCCCUCCGUCCCUGUCUGGGAGGUUGGAGGGGAGGAGCUGAGGCCUUAGCUUGCCCCCCUGCUACCCAUCCCCCUUGUAGAUACUGCCUUAACACUCCCUCUACCCUCAGCUCUGGCUGCCACCCAGCCAGGUUUCUCCGUACUCACUAAUUUAUUUCCCGGACGGUGUGUGGAAGACAUGAGCUGUGUAUAAUAUAUUUUUUAACAUUUCCAUUGCAGUAUUGACCAUCAUCCUUGGUUGUGUAUUGUGUAACACAAAUAAUGAUAUUAAAAGCAUCAAACAA